GGCCACCUUGGGGACAAUUUUGGGGACCAAUUGCACAUUUUUGGUGUCCCCCCCCUGCAGGCCUACGUGGUGCUGGGGCAGUUCCUGGUGCUGAAGAAGGACGAGGAGCUGUUUCGGGAAUGGCUGCGCGACGCCUGCGGGGCCAACGCCAAGCAGAGCCGCGAUUGCUCCGGCUGCCUGCGCGAGUGGUGCGAUGCCUUCCUCUGAGCCCCCAAAUCCCCACCUUUCACCCCAAAAUCCACCUUUCCCCACCCCGCGUACGACUUCCUUACCCCGAAUCCGGACCCCGCGUCCCGAAUCUCGUCGCCGAAUCGCGUCCCCGCGCCGCUUGGUUGGAUGGGUGACCCCAAAGGGUCGGGAGCCGGGGAGCCCUGUGGGUUCUGGGCUCUUUGGGGGGAUCGAAUUUGGUCUUUUUGGGGUCAAAAUUGGGUUUUCUGAUCUCAAAAUUGGGUUGGGGGGACUUAAAUCUGAGCUUUAGGGUCCCAAAAUCGGACUUUGGGGUCCCAAGAUCAGUUUUUAGGGCACCAAACGGGUCUUGGGACCUCAAAAGGGGUCUUUGGGGUCUCAAAGUUGGGCUCUGGGAUCCCAAAUUUGGUCUUUUUUGGGUCAAAGUUGGUUUUUCUGAUCUCAAAGUUGGGUUUGGGGGACUUAAAUCUGAGCUUUGGGGUCCCAAAAUUGGACUUUGGGGUCCCAAGAUCAGUUUUUAG